CUUUACAACUUUAGAAAGAUACUUAUUUGUGUUGACAAACAGCUCUCGGAGAGCGAUUGGAUCGGCUCUCGGUCAGCUGGUGCGCGUGGGGCAGGUGCGCGCGGCGACGGCGACGAGACGCGGGAGUCACGCCGCGCACGAGCGCGUCACACGAGCGCGUCACGGUCAGAAGUGACUGAGAAAGAUCUCAGCGACGGCACACGGGAGAGAGUCAUCGGGUUCUGCACAUUAUCGGUCUUCUGAUGGAUCUAAGGAACUCGAUCAAAUGAGAUCUUGAGGGUGCUUCAGCACCUGUGCAGGCAGCUGUGAGCAGGCCGUCCUGCCUGUGUCUGUAUGGGUGGGAAUGGCAGCAUCAGCUGUUGGUGGGAAUCACUUACACGCAACAUGGAAACACAUUGCGAUCAUUCUUACAACACUUCUGCUGUUAAGUGCUCCUUCAGUAUGCGCACAGUGUCGAAUCUUGCGAUGCAACUCUGAUUUCGUGGCUGCGACUCUUGAAAUUGGUGUCGUUGGAGGCGGGGGUAAGGAAGGAGCUAAUGCUGUGUACUGCAGCGCCCUGCGGUCCUACGCGCUCUGCACCCAGCGGACGGCCCGAGCGUGCCGUGGAGACCUCGCCUACCACUCUGCUGUGCAGGGCAUCGAAGACCUGCUCAUCCAGCACCGCUGCCCUAAAACAGGCCCCACGGCUCAGCCGCGGCCCCUGCCCCAGGCCCCUCUCUCAGGGGACGGAUGCUUCUAUGAGAAAGGGUUUACGCAGAGGGAGGGCCGGGCCCCGGAGUACCUGCACUGCGGGGUGUUUGGAGACCCUCAUAUCCGCACCUUUAAUGAAGAGUUCCAGACCUGUGCUGUGCAGGGCGCCUGGCCGCUCAUAGACAACCAGUAUCUGUACAUCCAGGCCACCAGCACACCCACUAGAGGGAGCUCUUACACCAGCAUACUCACAAAGAUCACGGUUAUCUUGAAGAACUGGCGCGAGUGUGCAGAGCUGCAGAUGUACGAAGCGGAGCUGGAUAACGUUCCUCCGGCGUUCGUGGACGGAUCUGUGACCGGCGGCGAUCGCAGGGGCCACCAGAGCCUGCGCGUGCACUCCCACGACCCCGGCCGACACGCCGAGAUCUGGGCUACGCACAUCGGGACGACGAUAGUGGUGCGUCAGGUCGGCCGGUCGCUGAGUCUGUCCGUGCGCUCCCCUCGCGCGAUCGUGGAGUCGUAUACGCCUGAGCAGGACUUGCAGUUGUGUGUGUGGGGCUGUCCGGUCUCGCAGCUUCUGGAGACGCCGUAUGAGCACCCGUCCGCGCCUGAGUACGCGCACUGCUCCUCGCUGCUUCCGGUGCGGGAUGUGUAUUUCCAGGCUUGCUUGUUUGAUCUGCAGAUCACUGGAGAUUUGAACUCUAGUGCAUCAGCUGUGGCCGCUUUAGAGGACGCUCGCGCGAUGAUCUCGGACCCUGAUAGGGUUCACCUGCUGACGGACAGGGCACGCAACAACCCUCCAUCAUUGCCGGUGGUGCUGGUCUUUAGCGUCCUUGUAGAGACCCUCAGACGUACUUUCUUGGGCCCAGUCUGACAUCAAAAACACCGCACUGAAACAUGCCAGAUUUUUCUCCCAUGGAUUGUCUUUGUCCAGUGACUACUACAGAAGUUCUUUGGAAGACCAUGAAGAUUCCCUGUGGGAUUCUUUGUUAUAAUCUGUGUUUAAAUUUACAGCAAUUCAUCAUUUACGCUGAUAAACUUUGCAGUGGGGGUGAGAAGGAGACUUUAGUUUUAUCUGGGAGAGGACCACAGUUGAUGGAGGUUUCAUUCCUUGUAAAUAAUCAGAAAUCGGUCACCAUUUCUCAGUCCUUCACACCUGAGUGACACUGGAUGGUAUUCAUUUAUAAACUUGAAUGUUUACAUUAUCGAUGACAUGAUUGAAAGCAGUUUUCUUUCCUGCACUUGACUUGAAAAAGUCAUUCGCUACUUUUGUAUGCUUGUUUUAUGUACAUGUAUAAGACAGAUAAUACUGUGUACAACACAGACAGUCAUACAAAACAGAGGGAGUCAAGCAUUACGCAUUCCUUAUUCCUUAAACAGCACUGUAACUGGAGAUGGAGGGUUCAGGACAGACAGCACAAUGAAUGAGGUAAGCAGCUGUUUGUUUAUAUACAUGUACUCUUAUGACCAUGAAGAUGAAUGGUUGGAUUACAUAACCAGACUCCUCCUAAAUCUUCUAUAGAGCCCAGUAUGUUGGAUCAGUCAGCAGAUGGCAGUGCUCGUCAAUCAGAACAGUCUCCAUCACACAUACACGUUUCUGAACAUGUGGAUUGUUUAUAGUUGCUUUUGUUUGGUCAUCUCUGAUGACCACUGUACUUCACUGUACAUGUCCAUUCAGUCUUUUACCUUUAUUUAGUUUUCACAAAAGUACAAAAUAUACAGUGCAAUACAGUAUAAAUUGUAAAAGGCAAAAUCAAAAGUUUUUAAUAUGUAAUACUGUGCUUUUUGACAUGCUGCCCUGGCGCAUGUUGCAUAUUAUGCAACUGUGACAUGUACCAGGGUAAUGCAAUGUCUACUGAACAUGCACUAGGGAAAUACUGUGGUAUUUUGACAUGUACCAGAACAAUACCAUGGUAUUCUGAACAUUUACCAAGGUAAUGUGAUUUUUGGCCAUUUACCAGAAUAAAACCAUGGUAUUUUAGACAUGUAUUAAGGCAGAAUCGAGGCAGUACUUUGUUAUUUCGGACAUGUACCAUGGUAAUAUUGUGGUGUUUGGCCAUGUGUCAGGGUUUAUGGACACGCACCCGGGCAAUUCCAUGGUAUUUUGACGUCUAACAUAGCAAUACAAUGGGGUUGUGAUAAUAUUAAUGUACAAAAGUAAUAACACGGUAUCAUCUUAAAUAUGUAUGGCACCCUAUUUAAAUAUCAUGGCA